UUAAUGAAACACAGCAAAAUAAGCAGACGUUUUCAAUUCGGUGAAAGAGGAGGAAAGCGUAUUUGUGAUGAAUGUAUGAAGAAUGGGGCUUGUGAAGGGAAUGAUUUUAAUGGCUUUAAAAUCACCCAUGAUUUUUCUGAUAAUUUGACUAAACUGGAAAUUGAAAUUGAAGGAGAAGUGUUAGUUUGUUUUGUAUAUUCCUUUUAUAAAAUAUUUAAGACUUUCACAUAUAUGUAUUAG